CGUGUUUCGAACUAUUUUCGAUACACGACUCGGCUAACUUUAGCGUUUUCGUUAGUCCAGUCUUUGACUUUGGCCCGCCAGUUUUCCACCGAGCAGUCGACCGUGCGCCUCGCUGAAAACCAGCCAGUCGGUUGUUCCGAACGUUCGACCGGUUUCGUCUUUCGCGCGGUUCCUUUCGCACAUCGGAUAUAGUUCGGAACGUUUCUGCGUUGUACGACGACGCCACGACAUAGUGAAAUGUUGAUACACGGGGGUGUGGUGUUGCCGAUGAACGACCACCGAAGUCCGAUUCUUUUGUGAAAGUGAGAUCCGCGUGUCCAGAAGUUAAAGUUUACGGCCCCCCGAGGAAGCUCCGGAAGCGAUGAAGUUGACAUUCCCUGGGCAAGUUCGUUUCUUCGUAAUUACAAGUGUAACGAAAGUACUUCGAGGCGACUUGAUCGCUUUUAACAGGGCUUGAAAAGGCUUCGAAAUAUAGGUGGUUGCCUAAGCCCUGACAUCCGAGCACGAGCACAACAGCAAACGAUGGACGACUAUUACAAGAUACUCGAAGUGCAACGGACCGCCGCCAGCGGAGAAAUAAAAAAAGCAUACAGACAAUUAGCGCUGAAAUGGCAUCCAGACAAAAACCCCGACAACCUGGAAGAAGCGAACAAGAAAUUCAAAGAAAUAUCCGAGGCGUACGAAGUACUGAUCGAUGAUGCGAAGAGACGAACCUACGACCAACGAUUGUAUCAGAAGGCGUCUUCGAGGCCCGGCCGUGGAUUCACCAGCCGGAGUUACUUUGACUCUGCUUUCCAGCGAUUUUUCGAAAAGAAAAGGCGAGUCUACGACCAAUAUGGAAAGGAGGGUCUUCAGAUGCCUAGUAACAAGAGGCGACACGAUGAUGACUUUGUUAAACGCUUUUGUGGUAUCUUCACCUUCAAAGACCCUGAGGAAGUAUUUAGAGAAUUCUUCGGUGGUACUUCUUUUGCCGACUUGUACAAGAUGACUGACCUCAAUGAAGGGUUUCACAGGCAUAGCCAUCCAGGCAUUAACAGCAUAAGCACGUCCUUCUUUGUUCCACUCGGGGUCAAUUUUUCACCGUUCAACAACCUUUUCGAAGGUGCAUCAGGUAAUUUUGCCUCAUUCAACACCUUCACGAGUUUCGACGGAACUAGCGGCGGGGGCAGCGGCGGCGGGGGCAGCGGCGGCGGGGGUGGCGGUACUGUAAAACGAACAAGCACUUCGUUCAGAUUUAUCAACGGCAAAAAAAUUACCACCAAAAAGGUUUACGAAAACGGGAAGGAAACGAUAAUGUCCUACGAGAAUGACGUGCUGAAAUCGCAGACGGUGAACGGCGUCCCACAAUCAAUAACGUUUGACGAGGCAUCGACGAGUCGCCAGCUGACCGACAAUGCCAGCGAUAUCGCGAUGGCUGACGAGAACUGGAGACCAGAUGGUGGCCUUAACAGCGUAAAGGCGUUUCUCAAGAGCAAAGAGGAGACGAACAGACCGUCGUAUAAAUUAAAAGUAGAUCCUCCGCAAGAUUCGUCGGAAGAUCUAUCUAAAAAUUCUGCGAGCGAAAAAAUGAAAAGUUCAUCAACAGAGAAUGACUCCCAGGAGUCUUCGUCAAGUUCUAACAAACUUACCAGUAAAACACGUUAUCCUGUAUUAGCUACUUUAAAGUUUGGAAAUUCAUUUGGUAGCAAUGACUUUUCCAAUUCCUUAACCAACAAAACAAAGCCACUGAUAUUGAGGCCGUCUCAAUUGGGAGGUGCAAAGAACAGUCAGCCUGUCAAUAAAAUAGUCCUACAGCCAGCAAAGUUUCAAAAUCCUUUCUCGAGAGCUGUGGCCAAUCUUGUAGAAGAGGAGGAUGAAUCUACAAACCAGAAUGAUAAGAGCAAAGCAGAAGAAAGCAAAAGCGAAGAGAAACCGGCGGAAGAAGCAAAGCCUACGUUUCUGCCAUUGGGCGUGAGUACAAAGGAUAAUGAAAGUAAUAGUGUAAAUAAUUCGGUGACGCCCUGUGCCUCGGAACCGAGCUUCGUCUUUGGCCAAAAUUUGAAGGAGCGAGUGAUGGUUGGAAACGACGCUGAAUGUCCCGAGAACAAUGCCGAAGGUGAAGAAGGAAAGGAGGAGAGUGCCAACGAGAACGGUGCCUCCGAGCUUCUCUUUUCAAAUGCCCCUGCAGUGUGUCGCAGUACGGCCCGACCUGGUCUGACGUUAACGCAAGCGGCGCAAGAACUAGAAGAGGCAAACCGUGCGAACAAAAGGAAAUACAGUCAAGUGACACCGUUGACGGGCGAGGAAGGGGAAACAAAUGUCCUCCAAAUCAACUGCAAACUGUUUGCGUUUGAUAAAGUCAGUGGCGGCUGGCAAGAAAGAGGAAGGGGUACGUUGCGACUGAACGAUCGCGACGAAGAGUCACGUUUAGUAGGUCGCACGGCCGGCACCCAAAGAUUAAUCUUAAACACAAAAGUUUGGCCUGGCAUGACCGCGGAACGAGCCGCCCCCAAAUCGUUAAGAUUGACAGCGAUGGAUGUGCACGGGGACAUAAGAAUUUUCAUCAUCCAGGCGGCGCCCAAGGAAAUCGAACAGUUGCACAAGCUGUUGCAACAGCGAAUCAAACGGGCGCAAGAACGUCAACCGAAAAAACUAGCGACCGAUCACUGACAAUCGAUAAAUCAUUGUUGCGAGACGUUUGCCCUUUGUUACCCAGAAGUCGCUAAUAUGUGAGAAGAGUCGAAGAACUUUUGAAGUAUCGGACCCUAUCUAGUACACGUGCGCAAUAGAAUGGCUAUGAUUUGUGCCUUCCCUUGGAAGACUUAGAUCUGGAUCCCGUGGCACUGAUGUUUGCAGGCAGACAACAAACGAAAUCGUAGCUGUCCCUGCUCACGCAGAUAUUGGAUUAUCCUGAUUUUUCAGUUACGAAGUCUUUUUGUAAUCAUUCCUAAUUGAUACUUUUCUUUUUACACGGAAUUCGAGCCAACGUUUUUGAAGAAUGUGUUAUGUAUGCGCGAGUCACGGAAACACUAGGUAGCCAUUUUUUGAUAAUAGUAUAAUAUAGUUGAUGCAGACGGCUCAUGGAAGUAUUGUAAACGAGAAAAAAAAUCACAAAAUGGAAAAAAAACAAUACGAAUGGUAUAGGUCUUCGCAAAGUUUACUUCAAUUUUUAUCAUCGAGAUGCUCGUCGUUUUAGAUUUUUAUUCCUUCAACGAAUAACAAUACUUUUUCAAUAACGUUACUGUCAGUUUUCAUUAUUUAACACGAAGUUCUGCUACGAGCGUAAGCAAAGGCUCGAUGCACGCACUCCACUAACGAGGAAACGAUCAUUGAUUUUGCACGUGUCGCAAAUCUAUCGUGACACGUUAUUUACGAUUCUCGAGAGCACAAAAGAUAAGCGUCAUUGAACGAUCGAGCUUUGUAACUAUUCGUACUUGUACUUUAGAUUGUAAAUAGUGCCAGGAAGACUCGGUCUGUUUUCUUGUCGUAUUCUCGUGCGUUGGUGAAGUUGAGAGUUUGUGUUCGAGGCGGUUCCUCUCUCUCAUUUUGCUUAGCAAUAUUUAUCGUACGAAGUCUCUCCCGAUCGAUUAAACGAACAACCAGGAGGGGGGGGGGGGGCAAGUCACAAUCGUGUUAGGUGACAUGCAGUAACGAAGAAGAAUAUUGUUACUUAAUGCUAUCCACGAUAAGAUCACAAGUAAUAACUACGUUUCUCUGUACUUGUUACAUACAGGAAGAAAAAUUCACUAUACACAUCAUUAAUUACAGAAAAAUACAAAUGUUUGCAUAAAAAUUUAUGCAGUAGUCUGUGUUUUCAUUUCACCCCUUGGACUCGAUUGGAUGCACGAACGUUUUCCGCCGAUCUCUUAACAAUGUGCAUAGCUAUGCUGGUUCUAAAUAAUACCCCUUUUUCAUUUCGUAUCAGGUUUUUCUUUACAUACCUAUAGUUCGAUCGAACGUAUGGCAUGACUCCAACUACGUAAAAGGUGUUA